GGUUCUUUUACUAAUUUUAUACUGGUGUGGAUUUGUGGAAGAAUCCGUUUUCCGACGCGGUUGUGCAAAUUUGCCGCGCGAUAGUUGUUCGAUCAAUAAUCCAUUAUUUUAGGAUAUUACCUUGUUUGAAUAUUUACCUUGCCUGUUAUUACAUAUUUUCUUCUUUUUAACACAUAUAUUAAUUUUUCAAGAUGUUUUGGGGAUUAAUAAUGGAACCAAACAAGCGGUACUCCCAAAUUGUGGAGAAGCCGUUCCAUAUAUCGCAAGCGGCUAUGGACAUUUCCACCGGCGACAACGAUCCAUGCCAGGUGAUGAUUGUGGUGGAUGGCAAAAACUUCCUCGUGUGCACAUUACAGAAGGGCAAGACCAUUCAAGUCCCACUCGACCUGUAUUUUAAGAGUGGAGAUGCUGUUUCAUUCUUGACAAAUGGCAAAUGCAAUGUUCACUUGACGGGUUACCUGGAUCCUGAGUUUGAGGAGGAAGCUACAGAGGAUGAAGAGGAAGAGGAAGAUGAAGAAGUACCAGCUCCCGCCAGAAACAAGCGCAAACUGGAGAACAGCAAUGAAGGAGCUACUAGCAAGAAAGCAAAAAAGCAUGAGAAAAAGGCUGCUGCUGCUGCUGCCGACAGCUCUGACGAGGAGGGUGAAGAUCAAUUACAAAAGUUCCUCGAUGGGGAGGACAUUGAUACUGAUGACAAUGAUGAGUCAUUCAAAGUUAAUACAUCUGCUGAAGCAACAGAAAGUGAUGACGAGUCUGAUGAGGAUGAAGAUGAGGAGGAAGAUGACGAUGACAAUGACAACGACAAUGGAGAUAACUCUUCAGAGAAAGCAGACACAACUUUGGAUACCAGCAAGGAUGACAGCACUGUAGACAUGUCCAAGCUAUCCAAGUCACAAAAACGUCGCCUGAAGAAGAAACUACAGAAGCAGAAGGAACCUCAAGUAAAUGGAGUUGAGAAAGCUAAGAAGAAGCCUGCUGAGAAGCCGCAGAAGGCUGAGAAGAAGAAACCAGAAGCGAAAAAGGAUGCUCAAGAGGGUGACAAAAAAGAAAAGAAGUCACUCAGUGGUGGAGUUUUUAUUGAAGACUUGAAAGUAGGCAAUGGAGCAGUGGCAAAACCUGGCAAGGUUGUCAUGGUUUAUUACGAGGGUCGUCUGAAGCAAAACAACAAGAUGUUCGACAACUGCCAGAAGGGACCUGGCUUCAAGUUUAAACUUGGGGCUAAGGAAGUGAUUUCUGGAUGGGACGUUGGGGUAGCUGGCAUGAAAGUUGGAGGAAAAAGGAAGAUUGUGUGUCCACCAGCAAUGGCGUAUGGUGCUAAGGGAUCACCUCCAGUUAUUCCUCCAAACUCAAGCUUAGUGUUUGAAGUAGAGUUGAAGAAUGUUAAAUAAGUGCUAGUUAAUAUCAUAGUGUAUGGACAUAUUGAUUGUUUCAGUUAUAUUGAUUGUCACUGAUUGAAUGCCAUUUAUCAAGUAAAAAGCUUUCAGCAUUUUACUAUCAUAUUAAUAUGGGGCAUUAUCAAAAAGAAAGAAUUAUUUUUAUAAUUGACAUUUCUAAAUUACCACUUCACAUUAUUUUUGCAGAUGCUCCAUAUUAGUUAUUUACUAUGUAAGUUGAUAAUUAUAGACACUAAGAAUUAACAGGUUAUUUAGAUUUUAAGAAUAAAAAAUCUUUAAAGAGAAAAUUGAUGAAAUCUGUUUGAAUGCCAAUUUUUAAUAUACUUGAUCAACAACAUAGGUCUUAACAAUUUUAAACUUUAUAUCUUCAAUAAACUUAUAUUCCAUAAAUAUAUACUUAAGUAUUAUGCAUAGUUCCAUUAUAAUAAUAAUUUCAGCGUUCACAAUUUCAAGUAAGUCUAAGAAUAAUCUUUUGAGUGGAUUGAGCAGUUGAUAAUGUGAAAUGGAUAUUUAGUGCAAAUAUGUCUUAAAUACAAUAAUCAUGUAACAUGAGCUACUUUAGUUUUAUGAAUUUCACAUAUUAAUUAAUACCUGCUUUGAAGUAUUCUUAUUUGAAAGAUGCCAGUCCUGUUUAGAUGUCCCUUCAAAGCCCAGGGCAGCCUUUUUUUUAUAAUUUGUAAUAAUAAUGUGCUUACUUUAUUUUAAGGCCUGGUAGUCCCUGGACCAAAAUAUGAUUUGUAUUAAUUUAAGAAGUUUUAUUUCAUACUAUGACAGCUACGAAAUUCUGACCCUGUUUAAACAUUUGAUAUUUAAAUUUUCAAUACCCUUGGUUAUGUAAAGUAUAGUAAAUAUUCCAUUAAA